UAACUGAGCACUGUGCAUCGUUCUCUUCCUAUUCGUUGAACACUGUUGAAUAGUCGUGUUCAGUCGUGCUGAAGUGUUGAACUACUCUCAGGGGAUUUGUACAUAUAUAAAUGUUAACAAACAGUUUAAAGUGACAUUGGGAAAUACUAUUUUGGAAAAUUUGUGUUGCGUGUUAAACAUUCACGUAUUUGUCUUACAGCAAAAUACGUUGAAUCAUGUAUGAAGAGUCGAGAAUUUCUCCCGUACAGUGUCGUGGUACGGAGAGCGAACAACGAUAUUAUGAAUUACGAAGUGGCAGUAGAUCUCGUUCUCACACUCCAUUGGUCCAAAACCGUGCCUUAGCAGAAACAGAAAUCUCGGAUCAUCAUUAUGACUUAAGAAAUCGAAGCCGAGAGAGAUCCAGUACUCCCGGAGAAACUAUGAACAGCAAAAGAUCUGGAACUUAUAGCAGGGUACACGAUCAAAAUAUGGAAAUGAUAAUGGAAGGAAGCGAAGAAAUCACUGUCUUAGAAACAUCUGAAAGUGAUUGCAGAAGACCAGAAAAUUCACCUAUCUCUGCUAAAAAAGCAGAGAGACGUUCAGAGCGACAAAAAGCAAAGAGGGAAGUACUUGCAAACGGUCAAAAUGAAAAGAAAGAUAUCUCGUCUGGUGAAAAGUAUGAGAAACAGAGCAAGAAUAUUGCCGUGCAAAGGACAAUAACUAGCGAUUACUCUUCUGAAGAGGGUGAAAAGGAUGAUUCGUCUAAUAGGCCAAAUACCGCGCAUGAAAUUUACAAACAAGCCGGCGAUUGGUGGAACGUAUUUCCAAAGACAGACUACACUUAUUCACAAACGUCACAGUGUCGGUACGAAAUUGCUCCAGGUAUACUAGCAAUGCCUAAUAUGUCACGACGGUCCAUACAUUCGGACGCAGAAAUGUCCGAGCGGUUGACGUGUAAUCCAUCGGUGAGCAGUACAUGCAAAACAGCGGGUAUCAAACGUGACACGGAUACAAUCCUUCGUUCAAGACAAUUGCUGCGUUCCGAUUCGCCAUUAAAACGUAUCAACUCUCGUAAGUUGAAAGUCACAUCCUCUCUUGAAUCUGACACAGAAUUGGACGACGCCGUUACAACGUCGAGCAGAUCGAACAAGCAGAGGAGAUUGAUGGAACGUUUUACAAGUUUCGUAUCCAUCAUUAUUUUAUGGUUUAAUAAGAUACUUGAGUUUUUAAAGCUCAAGACAGUCAGAAGAAGAGACUAUAGUGAUAGUUACCACUAUUUGAGACAUGAAUCUAAAUGGUACAAAGCGUGGCAAUACAUUGACCAUUAUUUGCUGUAUGUGUAUAUCUUUAUGGUUAAAGUAUUCUUAUUUGACACGUGGCUGCUGAGCAGAGUUUCGAAUAUACGAAAAUGGAUACGGCAAAGAAACCCUAAGGUCCUUUGGGUCGCUCUACUACCAUUGCUUUUUCUAAUGGGUAACUGGUGUCUACCAUACUUUUCGACGUCCUUACUUUCGAUCGACGCGAUCACUGGACGACUUCGAGGCCAGCACUGGACAAUGUUAGAAUUCUCUUCAAACGAUAGAGAAUCUUUUUCUAAGGCGAAACGUUUCGAAGAGACUGACGAUUUUAGUACUAUCGCUGAAAAAUUACACAGUAGUAUUAGUCGAUUAGAAGAUCGAACCAUCGAACAAGGGAAUCGCCUCUCGAGAGCGCUCGAGAGACUACGGGAAAACGAUUUUGCCUGGUCUAGACUCGACAAUAAGAUACUGUCACUGGAGAAAAGUAUAGAAGAUCGUAAUUUAAUCCACACUUACGAUCACGAGUUUAACACGUUGAAGGAACUAUAUUCAGAAUUGAAGUUGUGUUGUAACACUCGUUUCGAACAGAUCGGUAUCAAUGAUUUGGAGAAACGCAUUGAAACGAUUUUGGCCAAAUACAUUGAUUUGCCGAAUGAUUUGCCGAAAACGAUUCGAAAUACGGUACUGACAGCGAAUGACUAUAAUUCGAAUGCGGAUACGGAAACUAAAAUGAACAUAUCUACAGGGAGGGUGGAAUCUUUGUCUGUUGAUGAACGCGUUCGUGAAAUAGUCAGAGAUGCCUUAAGGAUAUACGACGCGGAUAAAACGGGCCGCGUAGAUUACGCAUUGGAGUCUGCAGGCGGUCAAAUUAUUAGCACGCGUUGCACGCAGAGAUACGAUAUAAACACGAGAGCUUUCAAGUUACUGACGUUUAUGCUCUAUCAUGAAAAUAACAAUCCUCGAACAGUGAUUCAAGGAAAUCCAAUACAACCUGGCGCCUGCUGGGCGUUCCAAGGAUUUCCAGGAUAUUUAUUAAUUAAGUUGCGUAGCUCUAUUUACAUUACUGGAUUCACAGUCGAGCAUGCACCUAAGUCGAUAUUACCCAAUGGAGAAAUGAGAAGUGCUCCUAAAAAGUUCAAUGUUUGGGGUUUUGUCGAUGAGAACGAUCCUCUUCCGGUGAUGUUCGGAGACUAUGAAUUUGCUGCCACGGAUGACAAUUUACAAUACUUUCCUGUUCAAAACACAACAAUUCAGACUCCAUACGAGUUCGUGGAAUUAAGAGUGAACAGCAAUCACGGACAACUUGAUUACACGUGUUUGUAUAGAUUUCGUGUUCAUGGUAGACCAGUAUGAACUAGUGUUAGCCGAUUGUGCGAGAGUGUGCUAUUUUGUAAUCGAGGUUCAUGAUGUGGUAUCAGCAACAUCAGCAGGACCAACAGCAACAUAAUCGGCAAGCCUGACUACUUAACAGAACAAGCUCGCGCCUCGAAAGAAACUAUUAUUUCUGGAUACGUGCCUUCAAUUGUCAUCGUUGACGAAACGACCGAUGUCGUUAUAGUUGUAAAAGACGAAUCUUGAAACACGCCUCUGCUUAGUGCGAAAGCGAACAAGGUGAACACGAGUUACCAACUUCGUCACCGGUAUAUUAUAGAACACUAGUGUCGAGUGUGGAGUGUCAAGUGCACCGAAUCGGAAUCGAUCGCUUAACAACUAACUUCACCUUUUCUGAUCCUUUGCGUGGCUACUCGUGCUCUUUUGUUUAAUUUUUUAAUAAAGCACAAAAACAUAUGAUAAGUGAUCUUAGGUUUACAUAGAAGAGAACUUGACUUCUGUGUGCUGAUAUUUUGCAUCAAAACGGGCGAAUCAUGCUACAACUUCUACGGAAAGUAAACACUGUGUUCCAAAUAUUAUCCAAAGCAUAAUAACCCUAAAAAGUAAAGAUAAUGCGACAGUACAAAUUGUAAGAAAGAAAAUGAAAAUCACCUGAUCGUUGUUUGAUAAUUGUGUUUGGAGUGUUUUUUACGGUCACCGAGUGUAUGAUGUAUAAUGUUCUUAUUUUCUUUUUUCUAGAAGUUUAACAUAUUUUGUUCAAAAUGCAUGUGCUUUAUGCCGUGUAACAUAUAAUGCAUAUAAUGUAUGUAUAUGUAUACAUUACUGAAAAUUAAGGAACACUAUUUUGCAAUCAUG